AUGGUAGUUCAGCGUAGGAAGAGAGUCCAACAACAAUAUCAAAGAAAGGAGACUACAGGUGGUAGGAAAUUUGGGGAAGAUAUCUCCAACAUGAAAAACCCGAAGGAGGCAGAUGCUGUUGUUAGGAUUGCUAAGAAUGACAGUGUUAUGACUAAGGUACCUAAGGAGAAUGAGGGAAAGAAGAGGUCAGUUAUUUCCACUUCAAGUGGAAUGAAUUUCACUGUUGUAGCAGUUAGCCAGCAUAGGAAAAAUACAGGGUAUAAAUCACCUGUGCCUGUAGUGAGGAAACAAGCUGCUAAGAAAUCCAAGUCUAAAGGUAAGGGAGUGGAUCAACCCUUUUCUUCAGGUGCUGCCUCAUCUGGUAGCUUGGUGGAACAGAAGAGUAAUAGUGUGGAGGGCCACAUGAGUGAUGGGAAUUACAAGGGUGAAAGAUGGGGAGACUUGAUGAUGGCUCUAGAGACCUCCAUGGAGGAGGGUAAUCCUGAACAGACAGGGGAACACACAUCAGAGGGGUUGCUGUCCAUGGGGAAUGAUGUGGAUGAUCCAGUCCCACCUGAUAUAAGCUUGCUACAUGACUCUAAGAAGAGUAAUGACCAGGCAGGUAUGGAGGUUGGUCUUACUUUAGAUGCUUUUUUAAUCAAUCCCAUGAGUGUUGAAUGUAAUACUGUAUGUAACACAGAGGAUGCUGUUGAUAGGGAAUAUGUUUCUGUAAGUCAGGAUUUAAGUAGCAAAGGGGCUGCUAAAAAGCAAUUUAAGAGUACCUUUUCUAGAUUUUGUAGAAAGUAUAAUGUAGGAGUAGCUGUCAUUCUUGAACCAAGAGUGAGUGGUUCUAAAGCUAGUAGAAUAAUUCGUAGUUUGGGUUUUUCUAAUCAUUUGACUGUUGAUGCUCAUGGUUUUUCUGGAGGAAUCUGGGUUGUUUGGAAUAUCAAGGAUGUGGUGGUUACUCUUAUCUCUCAACAUGAGCAGUUUGUGCAUUGUUGGGUGGAAUUUCCUGGUUUGAAGGGUUUCUUCUGGACAGCCAUUUAUGCUAGCCCUCAUGUAACUAGUAGACAAGUGCUUUGGGAGGAAUUGAAACAUAUUGGCAGAAGUAUGGAUGAGUCCUGGUUGCUAACUGGUGACUUCAAUGAGAUAGCCUUAGCUUCUGAGAAGAGGGGAAGGGGACCUGUAGAUAUCAACAAGUGUAACCUUUUUGCUAAUGUUCUCAAUUCUUGUGGAGUGAUGGACUUGGGGGGUGGAGGAAAUAGGUUCACCUGGAAGGGUCCUAAGUUUCUUAACUUGGAUAGGGUGUAUAAAAGACUUGAUAGAGCAGUUGGAAAUGAGGGGUGGAGAGCUAUUUUUGAGGAGGAUGAUGUCCUUGUUUUGCCUAGGCUUUUCUCUGACCAUAAUCCAAUUCUGGUUAGAUUGGGGAAAGAAUAUUCUUGCUGGAGGGAGAGGCCUUUUAGAUAUUUGGCAGCUUGGCAGUAUGAUGACAGAUUCAUUCCAUUUCUAAAAGCUAGUUGGAAGCCUGAUGUUGGGUUGGUGGACAACUUAGUUUCUCUUGUGCCCAUGCUAAAGGAUUGGAACAAGAAUGUCUUUGGUUUCAUACAAUUUAGAAAAAACAGAAUCAUAGCUAGAAUGGAGGGCAUCCAAAGGCAGCUUAGUUCUUGUAACAGCAAUAAACUGGAGAAGCUUGAGGCUGAACUGAAAAAGGAACUCAAUUUCAUUCUUGAUCAGGAGGAGCAAUUAUGGAAAAAGAAUAAAAUCUUGAAACUCCAGGAUGAUAGAGGUCAUUGGGUGGCUGAAGAGGAGGAGCUUAUAAAAUUAGCAAGGGAUUUCUUUUUGAAUCUGUUCAAAGAUAACUCUGUAGAACCACUUUGGUUUAAUACUAAGAACUCUUGGCCGAAUAUAAGGGAUGAUCAGGUUGUUAAUCUGGGGCUGGACCUUUCUUUUGAGGAAGUGAAGAGGGCCUUUUUUCAAAUGUCUCCUUUGAAGGCUCCUGGGGCAGAUGGUUUUCUUGCAAUGUUUUAUCAAAAAAAUUGGGAGAUGCUUAAAGCUCAAAUUUUUAAUUGCAUGCAGCACUACCUGAAGAAUCCUAGUCAGAUAGGUGAGAUUAAUCAUACCCUGAUUGUACUAAUUCCCAAGAUAGAUAGGCCUUGCUUGAUGAAACAAUUUUGGCCUAUUGCCUUGUGCAACACUAUCUAUAAAGGUUUCAGUAAGAUUCUAGCCAAUAGAGUGAAGCCUAUUCUAGAGGAGCUGAUAUCCCCUAAUCAAGCCAGCUUUAAUGAAAGGAAAAAAAAAAGGUUUUUUUCAGUCAAGAUUGACCUUGAAAAGGCCUAUGACAAGCUGAGCUGGAAGUUUAUAAGAUCUGUCUUGGAGGAAUUGCAAUUGCCUGGAACCUUGGUGGAAGCUAUUAUGGGAUGUGUGUCUAGCCCCAGCCUAGAGGUGCUUUGGAAUGGUGCUAGAACUGACAAAUUCCAAUCACAAAGGGGAAUAAGACAAGGGAACCCUUUGUCCCCUUAUAUUUUUGUUCUCUGCAUGGAGAAAUUAUCCCAUUUGAUUUUGGAUGAAGUGGAAAGAAAAUAUUGGGUCCCCUUGAGAGAAGGUAGGUCUGGUCCCCCUAUUUCCCAUAUCAUGUUUGCUGAUGAUAUCAUCUUGUUUGGAGAAGCAACUUUGAGCCAGCUCAACUGCAUCACUACUUGCUUAGACAGAUUUUCCAAGAUGUCUGGUCAGUGUGUCAGCUUUGAAAAGUCAUGCAUUUAUUUCUCUAAAAAUGUCAAACAGAAAACUAUGCAGAAUAUUUCUGAUGUCAGUGGCUUCAAGAUGGUCAAGAAUUUUGGUAGAUAUUUAGGGUCUAUGAUGAGGCAUGGCAGGGUAAGGAAGGACCAUUAUGCUGAAGUUAUCUCUAGAGUUCAGUCUAGACUCCAAGGUUGGAAAUCCAAGUGUCUCUCUUUGGUCGGAAGAAUCACACUUGCAAAAAGUGUAAUUUCUGCCAUACCUUGCUUCCAUAUGCAGAACAAUGUGCUGCCAGUUCAUGUAUGCAAUGACAUAGAAAAGAUGCAAAGAAACUUUAUAUGGAGAGAUGAGGAAUCUAAGAGGAAGGCCCAUUAUGUUGCCUGGGAACAGAUGUGUCAACCAAAGGAAUGUGGAGGGCUUGGCAUUAUCAAUUUAAGGUUGCAAAAUGAAGCUUUCAUGCAUAAACUAGCUUGGCUGAUUGUAAAUGAUCAUAACAGCUUGUGGGUUCAAGUCUUGCUUGGGAAGUAUGGUAGAAAAGUUGAUCCCAACCGAAGCUUAAUAGCUAAAAAGAGUGAUUCUAUUCUCUGGAAGAAUAUUUGUCUAGCUCGAAGCAAGAUUUCACAGCAGCUGGAGUGGGUUAUCAGGAAUGGCAAGUCUGUUUUCUUUUGGACUGACAAGUGGGGAGGUUGGCAUAAGACUAUGUUAGAGCUGGCUUCAAUUAAGCCUCCUAUGACUGACCUGUAUUAUAAGGUUAGUGAUGUAGUUGACCCUAUUUCAGGAGAGUGGAACUGGAGCUACCUGGAUGAGCAUCUGAGUUCUUCUAUUUGCAGAGAGCUAAGAAAGAUCCCUCCUCCUAAUCCUAGCAAUUCUGAGGAAAGGCUCUUCUGGAAGAGAAUUAAAUCAGGUAAAUUUGUGGUGAGGAAUGCUUACUGCUGUCUCUUAAAUUCCAAUCAGGAGAGGGAUAAAAUUUGGACGUCUGUGUGGAAAUGGAGGGGUCCUUAUCGAAUAGCUGUGUUCUUAUGGCUAGCUUGCCUUGAUAAGCUACCAGUCAGGAGCAUCACUUGUCACUGGAGUGGUGGGGAAGUGGUUUGUCCUAUCUGCUUAAGGGGUAAUGAAAGUUUGAUGCAUGCCCUUAGAGAUUGUAUAAAUGCUAGGAGCAUUUGGGAGGCUUGGUUUGAAGGUAAGACUCCUGCGACUUUUCUCAGGAAUGCCACCAUCCAUGAAGAGCUGUUCUCUAGACCCCAGGAUCCGCUGCAUAGGAUUCUGUGCUUUUUGCAGGACAUGAAGAGAAGCAGCAGCUGUGAGCCUUCUACUGUGGUUAAUAAUCUAGCUGUUAUCCUUGGUGAUUCAGUGCAGGUUAAUGUCCAUGAAGGGGUUAAAAUAUUUGUAGAUGGAGCUGUUAACAUGUCUACUAGUAUUGAACUGGUUGGCAUUCUCCAUGGACUCAAGACUGCAGUGCAGUUAAACCUUGCUGACAUAUGGAUGGGUUGUGACAGCAUUGAAGCUAUUUCCUGCUUGGAGGCUGAUUCUGAAGCCUACAUAUUUUCUGAGUUAAUUGAUAGUAUCAGGAAACUUGUUUUCUCCUUUGAUCAUUUUCACUUAGAAUAUGUUCCUAGGGAGGAUAAUUCUGUUGCUGACUUUUUAGCUAAGAUGGGUUUGGAAUAUAAGGGGGAAGAGUUGAGGUUGUUUCCCUCUCCCCUUGGUAGAGUAGAAUUUACUUGA